CGAGCCCUCCCGACAAUACAGCGGCGUGACGUACCAACAUGGCGGCCGAGGCUGCUGCUUUGAGCAGGCCAGAGGAGAUGAAAAACAUUUAAGAACAAGAAACAUGAAAGCCAGCAAAUACUAAAUCACAACUCCAAAGUCCCAAAGGGGCGACACAAACAGAGGCCGCGUCGGAGGAUGACGUCGGAGUGAGACGUCUGGCAAGUCUCGGGCCAAGCAAAGUGUCAUCCGACGUAAAGAGAGGACGCUCGCCGAGGUUAAAUAGGCUGACUGGAAGAACAAGCUCCGGGGAGAGCGACAAACGGUCAUUUGCCAACCGAGAGAUCACCACUCCUGUUGUGCAGACGACGCGUGAGAAGGUCCCUAAAGAGCAAACGGAAAACCAGCAGUGUCAUGGAUUGAAAGCUGCAGCAGUGACACAUCACGCUGUUGAGGGCUGCACAUCCGUGGGUCAAGUUCCAAUGGAAGCACCGCUGACAGAGCAGCAGCUGGGCCUCCGACAGGCAGAGGAGCGCCUUUGCAGAGACUACAUCCACAGACUUUUACAACCGUCCCCGGAGUACCCAAACUACAAGUACAUAUGCAAGCUCUGUUGUGUGCAUAUUGAGCACAUCCAAGGAGCCCACAAGCACAUAAAAGAGAAGAGACACAAAAAGAACAUACUGGAAAAACAGGAGGAAAAUGAACUGCGCGCCCUCCCACCGCCUUCUGCCUCCCAGCUGAGAGCCAUCGACGCAGCUGUGCUGGAAGCAGCCACGAAACAUGGCAUCUCACUGGAAGACUUUGAGCUUCGGAAGGGGGUCGUCGUUCGAAUGGAGGACAUCAUCAAGAAAGACCUCUCAGCUUGUUCGCUCCGUCUCUACGGUUCCUGUCUUACCCGAUUUGCCUUCAAGACCAGUGAUAUCAACAUUGAUAUCGUCCACCCUUCCACAAUGACACAACCUGAAGUCCUGAUUAGAGCGCUGGAAAUCCUCAAAAACAGCACUGCAUUCACAGACGUCGUCUCAGACUUUCAUGCCAAAGUUCCUACCAUCAUCUGUCGCGAUGUCAGCAGCGACCUGGUGUGCAAAGUGAGUGCAGGCAAUGAUGUCGCUUGUUCCACCACAUUUCACCUGGCAGCCUUGACUCAAAGGGAGCCCAGGUUGGUUCCCCUGGUGUUGGCUUUCCGCUACUGGGCAAGGCUGUGUCACAUCGACUGCCAGGCUGAGGGUGGCAUCCCCCCGUAUUCCUUGGCCCUCAUGGUCAUAUUCUUCUUGCAGCAAAGGAAAGAUCCAAUUCUCCCUGUCUACUUGGGCCAUUGGAUUGAUGGCUUUGAUGUAAAGCACGUGGACGAGUAUCACCUGACAGGAAUUCUCUUGGACAUGUUUGUCCGAUGGGAGUACAGACCUGCGAGCUCCACGGACGGACACGGAGAGAAUCAAAAGGAAGCUACGGGGGAAGGCAGACCCAAACCAGAGCACAACAAAGCGGAUGAAACGCACUAUUCGAACGGCUUGGCCCAGCUCACUUUUGAACUGGUCAAGGAAGUGUCACUGGGACAGCUGUGGGUUGAACUCCUGCGCUUCUACACGCUUGAGUUUGCACUGGAAGAAUACAUCAUCAGCGUGCGAUUGAAAGAGCUUCUCUCUCGGGAAAUGAAGAACUGGCCUCGUCGCAGGCUUGCUAUUGAAGAUCCCUUUGCUCUGAAGAGGAACGUGGCACGCAGCUUGAACAGUCAAAUGGUGUUUGAGUACAUACAGGAGCGCUUCCGUACCGCUUACAAGUACUUCGCCUGCCCCCAGAGAAAAAGCACGGCAGCGCAACAGAAAAGCAAGACGGCUGGCAAGCAAGGGCCCAAGUUGUACCGAGGAGCGAAAAAGGAGGCGGCAUGUCUGAAGAAGACGAAGAGUACUUUUAAGGAUUUAGACGGAACCAGUCGGGCGUCAAAGGAUGGCGACAAUAAAGGCGACUCAGAUCGGUCCAUAAAGAGAAAUGAGAAGACGCUGCACGCCGGCCUCAAGGACAUGGUCCUCCGUGAAGAGGACCGACCUUCCGAACGCCUGUCAAUCACUUCCCUGUCUGCCAACGGCUUAUUGGACAGUGACCAGGAGGAAGAAGAGGGUAAUAACGAGGAGAAGUGUGUUUCCGAAAGAGAGGGGAUCGCGCCGUCGGAAGAGUUUCACUACUUCUUUGAUAAGAUGAUUUUCACUGAUGGGAAGCCCCCAAAUGUGGUGUGCAGUAUUUGCAAGCGAGACGGCCACCUGAAGGACGAGUGUCCGGAUGACUUCAAGAAGAUCGAGUUGACGAAACUGCCUCCGAUGUGUGACGGUUUCAGAGGGAUCCUGGAUGGGCUUUGCAAACUGUGCCACAAUGAGCUGGCGCCUACACAUGUUGAGCAGCAGAAGAGAGAGCAGAUCCUAGGAAGUUUGGAAAUGUUCAUACGGAAGGAAUACAAUGAUAAAGCUCAGUUGUGUUUGUUUGGAUCCUCCAAGAAUGGCUUCGGUUUCCAUGACAGCGACCUCGACAUUUGCAUGACCCUUGAGGGUCAUGAGACUGCAGAGAAGCUGAACUGCAAGGAGAUCAUUGAAUGCCUUGCUAAAGUACUAAAGAAGCACCCAGGUCUGAGGAACAUCUUGCCGAUUACAACUGCAAAAGUGCCUAUAGUGAAGUUUGAACACAAACAGAGUGGUUUGGAGGGAGACAUCAGUCUCUACAACACCUUAGCACAGCAUAACACCAGAAUGCUGGCCUUGUAUGCAGCCUUGGAUCAACGCGUGCAGUUCCUUGGAUAUAUGAUAAAGGUCUUUGCAAAGCGCUGUGAUAUCGGAGAUGCGUCCAGAGGAAGCCUGUCAUCCUAUGCGUACAUCCUGAUGGUGCUCUAUUUUCUGCAGCAAAGGCAGCCUCCAGUCAUCCCGGUCCUGCAGGAGAUCUACGAGGGAACCGAUGUUCCCCAGCGGAUUGUGGAUGGCUGGAAUGCCUUCUUUUUCGAUGACCUUGAUGACUUGCGUCGGCGUCUGUCAGAGCUGGAGCCUAACACAGAGUCUGUGGGUGAGCUCUGGCUGGGGCUCCUGCGCUUCUACACGGAAGAGUUUGACUUCAAAGAGCACGUCAUCAGCAUCCGCCAAACGAAACGCCUGACGACCUUUGAAAAACAGUGGACCAGCAAAUGCAUCGCUAUUGAAGAUCCCUUCGAUUUGAAUCAUAAUCUCGGGGCAGGAGUUUCACGCAAAAUGACAAACUUUAUAAUGAAGGCUUUUAUAAAUGGGAGGAACCUGUUUGGAAUUCCAUUCGACCCAAUCCCUGGCACUGAAGUGGACUAUUUUUUUGACCCGAACGUUCUAACGGAUGGCGAGCUGGCCCCGAACGACAGGUGCUGCAGGAUCUGUGGAAAGAUUGGACAUUACAUGAAGGAUUGUCCAAAGAGACGCAGAAUGAAAAAGAAAGAAAAUGACAAAGAGGACGACGUGAAAGAAGAGGAGCGAGAGCAAAAAGACAGGCGUUGUUUUCAUUGUGGGGACAGUGGUCACGUUCGGAGGGACUGUCCUGAGUACCGCCAUCUGAAGCACAGGACUGCUGGGGUGCCAGCUCCUCACAUGAUUCGCUCUACGGUGAGCUCUCAGUCCAUCCCCAUCGCUCAGGGACCACCGGAAUGCUCUGGAAGGGUCAGGCUACCCUCAGAGAGCUCAAACAGUCGCCAGACUCCGCCGGCAUCAGCGUCUCAAAGUUCCCCCCGAGCCCCGAGUUCCCCCCAGCCCUCCCAGAAUAAACCCAUGUCCUCAGGCCCUCAAAAGCAGGCAGUUCACCCGCAGGUGGCGCUCCCCCUCUUUCCCUUCCCUUCGCCGCACCCUGGCCAGUAUCACCUCGGCCCGCUGGCUGCCCUGGGACCGCUUGCCUCCCACCAGCACCAGUCCCAAGCCCACCAUCACCCGGCGAACAUCCCGUCCACCGCCUGGCCGAUUCACGGACCUGUCCUCAGCGCGGCCACGCCCACCGCCCCCUCGCCACCCAACUUAAAAUUCGCCCUUCGUUCGGCGCCGGGGAGCGCCACCAGCUCCGGUGGCAGCCCCAACCCCGUCAACCUGAACGACCCCAGCAUCAUCUUCGCUCAGCCGGCGGGGAGGCCGCUGGGCAUCGGUGGGCCGGGACGUGACGGACACUGGCUCAACCACCUGGCAUCGUCUGGCUCGCUUCUGGGCAACGGCGCUGUAGUCAAGUCAGAGUUAGGCCACCCAGGCCAGUUUGUGGGGGUGAACCAAGGUUCUCAUCUACUGGAACAAUACAAAACACCGCAGUACACGCUGUCUCCUUCCUGGUCGUACAGAAUGCCCCAGAAUUUCAUCCAGCAGGGCAACGGUCGCUACCCACCCGGCUCCGUGGUGCAUCCCAACCCAUACUUGCCCAUGGUUCCCCACGUUAGACACCCGCUAAAUCUGAAUUUCAUCCAACAGAAGAAAUGAACAUCUGGUUUGUUUUUAUUUCAUUUUUUUAGUCAGUUGAACGACAAAGUCAAAUUGUGUGCCCUUUGCAGCAUUUUAAAUGGAUUGUAUAAUUUUUGUACAUUUUUUAUUGUAUUUUUAGUGUCAUUAUAUUGAUUUGUGAUACAAAUGUAAACUAUUUUAAUUACCCCCAUUUUUGAGGGGGUCCAAAAGUGUUUAGUUUUUUUUAUUUCAUGUAUAAAGUAAGGAUAAAAAAAGUAAAUGUAUUUUUAUUAGCUUCUGUACUUGCUGAGAUGAUGUUGGCUUUGAUAGAUGAUUUUAAAACAAUCUGACAUGUUAUUCUAAUCAUGUAGUGCCAAAAGCAGGGUUUAGCAAGAAAAGGGAAAAAAUACGUAUUUGGAAAAAAAAUUAAAUAAAAUCAGCACAAACUAUCUUGUGUCGUAAUUGACCCUGAAACGGUCUUUUUAUGGGAGAUUGAUUUAAAAUAACAUUUCUGUCUGUAUUUUUUGGGGGGUUUG